CUACACGUGGUUUGCAUGGUUUUUUUGUGCACUAUAUGUGCAGUGUUGUCACGAUUUGUUGGAGGUUAUAAAUUAGCCGGAGGUCAGAGACAUCAUCGUCUACACGAGAAAAAUACUAAAAAUAUUGCUCACAAAAUGCACAACGACGAUGAACAAGAGAACGUGAGGCGGGUGCUCGCUCAAUUCAAAUCUGACACCGGGGAGGUGUUGCCUGGUGGCUUGCUAGACUUGCCGAUUGAUAUUACAGUUGACAAGCUACAGCAGAUCGUGAAUGCACUGCUGCAACAAGUCGAGGAUCCCGUGCCGUUUGCUUUUUAUGUCGAUGACGCACAGAUUCAGGAUUCGUUGCAAGAGAAACUCAAGGACGUCAACACCAGCGAAGAUACCGUGGAAAUCGUUUAUCAGCCGCAGGCUGUCUUCCAAGUGAGAGCUGUCACUAGGUGCACUGGCACGCUCGAAGGGCACAAGGAAGCCGUCGUGUCGGUGGGAUUUUCGCCCAACGGUCAAACACUGGCCAGCGGUUCAGGUGACACGACUGUGAGAUUGUGGGAUGUGUUCACGCAGACUCCAAAGUACACGUGCGAAGGACACAAGCAUUGGGUACUGUGCGUGUCCUGGUCGCCCUGUGGUACAAAAGUAGCGUCAGCCUGCAAAAAUGGAAGGAUCAUACUCUGGGAUCAGGACACAGGCAAGCAGCUCGGCAAGGACAUGGUUGGGCACAAGAUGUGGAUCACAUCCUUGUCUUGGGAACCUUAUCAUCGCAAUCCAGAGUGCAGAAAGCUUGCCAGUGCUUCUAAGGACAAUGACAUUAGGAUAUGGGACACCAAGCUAGGCAGGACACUGUUGGUUCUAUCGGGACACACGAAAAGCGUCACGUGCAUCAAGUGGGGUGGCAAAGGUUUGAUUUAUUCAGCUUCACAGGACAGGACGAUCAAAGUAUGGAGAGCUGAAGAUGGAGUUCUUUGCAGAACACUCGAAGGCCAUGCACAUUGGGUUAAUACCUUGGCUUUGAAUGUCGAUUACGUUCUCAGAGUUGGUCCUUUCUGUAUAAUAAAAUCCAAGGUGAAAGAGGAACUCAGUCCUCAAGAAUAUGCUCUGAAAGAGUAUGAAUCGGUGGGAGAAGAAAAGCUUGUGUCUGGUUCAGAUGACUUUACCUUGUUCUUGUGGAAACCCGAAAAAGAAAAAAAACCACUUGCUAGGAUGACGGGCCAUCAGCAGCUCAUCAAUGAUGUUAAAUUUUCUCCCAAUGGAAGGAUAAUAGCAUCUGCGUCCUUUGACAAAUCUAUAAAACUCUGGGAUUCCAGCAGUGGUAAAUUUAUUUCGUCCCUCAGAGGUCACGUGCAAGCUGUUUAUUCGAUAGCCUGGAGUGCAGACUCCAGACUUUUAGUGAGUGGCAGUGCCGAUUCCACUGUCAAAGUUUGGAGCAUGAAAACAAAAGAACUGAACCAAGACUUACCAGGACAUGGAGAUGAAGUUUAUGCCGUUGAUUGGGCACCUGAUGGAAUCAGAGUGGCAUCUGGAGGAAAAGACAAAAUUUUAAGGCUCUGGCAAAAUUGAGUAUGCAGUUUUUUUUAUAAGUUUUAUACAUUGUUUUAUUCAUUAUUUUUCAGUUUUAUCCA